UUGACCGAUUCUAGUUCCGCGACAACGUACGAUCGAGAGACGCAACUCGAGAAAAGGCCAAAACACGAACAGUCCCGUUCGCUUCCAUGAUUUGACAUUUUCAUAUCAAUUCGGGAGCAGAGAGCGUAAUAGCUGGUCGAUUCGAGUUGAUUUUGCAGACUGCAGUUGAUACGAGUUGAUCUCGGUGAACAUGGCGCGCGGAAGCAGUGCUGGAUUCGAUAGGCAUAUUACGAUUUUUUCGCCGGAAGGUCGGCUUUAUCAAGUAGAAUACGCCUUCAAAGCCAUCAACCAGGGUGGCCUGACAUCCGUGGCGGUGAAGGGAGUCGACACUGCUGUUUUCGCGACACAGAAAAAAGUGCCUGAUAAGUUGCUCGAUGCCUCGAGUGUUACCCAUGCGUUUCAGCUGACCGAGUACAUCGGUUGCGUCAUGACUGGUAUGAUAGCUGAUAGCAAGUCCCAGGUGCAACGCGCUCGGUACGAAGCUGCUUACUUUAAGUAUAAAUACGGCUACGAAAUACCUGUGGAUGCCCUGUGUCAACGUGUAGCCGACAUCAGUCAAGUGUACACACAGAACGCGGAGAUGCGGCCCCUCGGCUGCUCCAUGAUGCUGAUUGCCUAUGACAAAGAGAAGGGUCCAUGCAUCUACAAGGCUGACCCAGCGGGAUAUUUUUGCGGUUACAGAGCAAUUUCUGUAGGAGCGAAGCAAACCGAAGCGAAUUCCUACCUUGAGAAGAAGCUGAAGAAGAAGCAAAAUUAUGAUUACGAUGAAACUAUACAGUUAGCUAUCACUUGCUUGUCCACCGUCUUAUCCGUAGAUUUUAAACCAACUGAAAUCGAGGUGGGAGUCGUCUCGAAGGAUAAUCCGAAAUUCCGAGUUCUGACCGAGCAGGAAAUUGAUAAGCACUUAACCGCAAUCGCCGAAAAGGAUUGAUAAUUUUUUCUAUGAUCUGUAUAAUUAUAAAUAAAAAACAGUGCAUAUUUCCUGCAUUUAACACA